AUGGAAGAAUUACGUGAAAUCGCAAGAGCCCAUUACCGAGCCGGAUCUCCACAAGUGCAAGCACUAGCCUACGAGUUCUACCAAUCGAUGGACACGGAUGGAGACGGCCGAGUCGAUCUCUCGGAGUUCCUAGCCUUCAUGAGGCAGGAAGGCUACUCCUACAUGCAAAACUCUAAUUUCUUCGACGAGCUCGACCUCGACGGCAACGGCACCCUCGACUUCUCCGAGGUCAUGACGCUCUACUACAUCAUCAAGAGCGGUCGCCCCUUCUGCGACUGCUGUGGAAAAUUCAUCCCGGGAAUAUUCUUCUCAUGCGCCGAGUGCUUCAAGAAUCCCAAAACAUCGUUCGAUCUGUGCCGUGAUUGCUACCAUGCGGCGAGGUGCGAUCAUCAUCACGGCGGCCGGGCUCAAUUUUUGGACAACCAUACGUUGUUGCAAGCUAUGAGAGAUCCUGCUCUUGCACAGGCGUCGGGGGUAAAUUUUAAUGAGGGCAUGGAAUAG